AAGGUUUAGGAAAAAAAAAAAUAGAAUCAUAUUUAUGUGGCUGCACUAACCUGGGAUAACUGAGAACAAUGCAAAUAGAGAUUUAAAAUUCAUGCUUAAAUUUCCUUGCAUAGUAAACAUUGAUAAUUACUAAUCUUAAAUCUACCUCCUACUAAUAAAAUCCUAGAACUCCCUGGAAUGAUCUAAAAUUAUUAUAAGAGAGGGACUACAGAAUUUUUGGGGGGGGGGCAGAACCACAUUACACUAAGUGGAGAGAGUUUUAAAGUGAUAUUUGAUGAUGUUUAUGCUCAGAGGCAGCAGCUGAAAAUAAUUUUUUUCCUGGAAAAAUAUGUCUGCAACUCUCAAAUUCUCCAACAGCACCAAAUUCCAGGUCUCUGAGUUCAUCCUGAUGGGAUUCCCAGGCAUUCACAGCUGGCAACAUUGGCUCUCCUUGCCGUUGGCACUACUCUACCUCUCAGCAAUUGGUGCUAACACACUCAUCCUCAUCACCAUUUGCCAAAACUCUACUCUGCAGCAGCCUAUGUACUAUUUCCUAGGCAUCCUCUCUGUUGUGGACAUGGGCUUGGCCACCACCAUCAUGCCCAAGAUCCUGGCCAUCUUCUGGUUUAAUGCCAAGGUCAUUAGCCUCCCUGAGUGUUUUGCUCAGAUAUAUGCCAUUCACUGCUUUGUUGGCAUGGAGUCUGGUAUCUUCCUCUGCAUGGCUGUUGAUAGAUAUGUGGCUAUUUGUCGUCCUCUUCGCUACCCAUCAAUUGUCACCAAUGCCUUAAUAGUAAAAGCCACCCUGUUCAUGGUGCUUAGAAAUGGCUUGUUUGUUAUUCCAGUGCCUGUGCUUGCAGCCCACCGUAUUUAUUGCUCUAAGAAUGAGAUUGACCAUUGCUUGUGCUCUAACCUUGGGGUCACAAGCUUGGCUUGUGAUGAUAGGAGGCCAAAUAGCAUUUGUCAGUUAGUUCUGGCAUGGCUUGGUAUGGGGAGUGACCUAAGUCUUAUCAUAUUGUCAUAUACUUUGAUCCUGCGCUCUGUAUUUAGACUGAACUCAGCUGAAGCUGCAUCCAAGGCUUUAAGCACUUGUACCUCCCACCUCAUCCUCAUCCUCUUCUUCUACACCGUUGUUGUAGUGAUUUCAGUAACUCACCUGGCAGAGAGUAAGGCCACUUUGACUUCAGUUCUUCUCAAUGUGCUACACAACAUCAUCCCCCCUGCCUUAAACCCUAUGGUUUAUGCACUUAGGACAAAAGAGCUAAGGGCAGUUUUCCAAAAGGUGCUUUGUUUAGGCCUAGAAAAGAAAUGA